AUGGGGCGAAGGAGGCUGUCAUUGGCAUACCUGCUAACACGACAGUUAAAAUCACAUAUUAUGCCAACAAACAGCGGAAACGUAGUUCGUCAGCAUUCUCGAAGAACAAAUUCAAGACCAAAUGAGAAUCAUCAGAAUGGAGAACCAUCGUCUUCUCGGAAUUCGCGACUUCCUUCCAAUCCUCACGCUGCUAUUCCUUUAUAUACACCCUAUACUCCGCCGUACUUCGCAAUGUCUCCUCGUCCAACAAAUCAUAUACAAGAGCCAUACAUUUACAUAAGAGAGCAACUCCAGACGUGGAGAUAUGCUCCUUAUCAUCUACGGUUUGCAAGCCGGGGUUCGACACAGCCAGCAUUCCCAAUCUCCACAGAGCAUGUUGUCGAGCCGUCGGGAGCAGCAAUCGUAGAAUUACCUGGUCUCGAAGUUCGAUAUCAUGAUGAAAACAUUCGAAAAUUCUAUAAUGACACUGCACCACCCAAACCAUAG